UUGAAAAACUGCUAUCAUGAAGCUCAAAAGUGAUGAAAUGAAAGAUUACAUAUUCCACCACCAACAGAAACAAGUUUUGGGAGAUAACAGGUCUAAUUUGACAUCCGCUGCAUCAGGCGAAGCAAAUGUUUCUUCAAGGAAUUGUGCCGGUGGUGGCACCACCAACCAACUAGCUCAACCUCCGCCGGCUAAGAGAAAGAGAAACCAACCAGGCAACCCAGACCCAGAUGCAGAAGUGAUAGCUAUGUCCCCUAAAACACUGAUGGCAAGGAACAGAUUUGUGUGUGACAUAUGUAACAAAGGGUUCCAAAGAGACCAGAACCUCCAGCUUCAUAGGAGAGGCCAUAACCUGCCAUGGAAGUUAAAGCAAAAAACAAGUAAGGAAGUGAAGAAGAAGGUGUAUGUAUGUCCUGAACCCAGCUGUGUUCAUCAUGACCCGUCGAGGGCACUUGGUGACUUGACCGGAAUCAAGAAGCAUUUCUCGAGGAAACAUGGCGAGAAGAAGUGGCAUUGUGAAAAAUGCUCCAAGAAAUACGCUGUUCGAUCGGACUGGAAAGCUCAUUCCAAGACUUGUGGCACUAGGGAAUAUAGAUGCGACUGCGGUACACUCUUCUCAAGGAGGGAUAGUUUCAUUACUCAUAGGGCAUUUUGUGAUGCAUUAGCAGAGAAUUCAAGAGCAAUCAUGGGAGAAUCUCAUUUACAAGUAGCUCAAUUCAAUCCCCAAGACAUGCAACAACAAGCGUUUUUGUUCAAGAAAGAACAACAAAGUUUCACCAAUGUUCCACCAUGGCUAGGGGGUCUUUCUUCAUCAUCAUCUUCCUCAAUAUUCUCCCCUACUUUUAAUGGAAACACUACUCUUCCUCUUUACCAGCAAACACCAGUGGUUUCCCCUCACAUGUCAGCCACUGCAUUGCUUCAGCAAGCGGGUCAGAUAGGCACAACCGUGAGCGGCGAGGCCGGAGCUAGUACUAUGAGAGUACUACCCCACCAAUAAACUCACGUGUCUGCUGGUUUUUCUGGCAGUAACAACAUAACAGCUGUUUUUGGUCUCAACUAGUCUUCACGUGAUGGAUUCAUCCAUGGUGCUCCUCCUAAUCCAUGUGAAGAUGACCAUCAUCAUCAUCAUAAUCAUGCAGCUGCAGCAACCACGGGUGCUCCUCUUCAUCACCCGUCACUUCUUCUUCAAGACAUGAUGAAUUCUCCAACAGACGCUUCCUUUGAUGAUAUUGCAUUUACUGGGAUUUUGAACUCAAAGAACCAAAACGACGCCGGAAAUAACGAUCACCAUGAAAUUACUGCCAUUGGUACUCAAGGUCAAGGCUUCACAAGAGAUUUCCUGCGUCUUAAAGCUUUCUCCCAUGGUGAUUUUCUCAACAUUGAAGUUGCCAGCAACUCCAUCAACACUUCCCAGUCUCAAAAACCAUGGAAAGUUUUGGUAGUAUCGAAACACUUUUCAAAUACAUUUUUAUCUUAGAUUUUAUGUUAAUCUCCUACAUUUGCUACAAUCUUUCCAAAAAUAAAGGACUGAUCUCCAAAUAAUCAUUUUCCAUUUAUAUAUGUACUACUCCAUGUUACAAAUU